CCGUUGAAGCGGCGGUCUGGAUGACCCGGAUGUAGCUAGUCGUUAGCCCGGUGGAUCGUUUCAGAGACGGAGAGAAGGAACCAGCAGGAACCAGAAGAGAACCCGCAGAGAACCAGCCUUAGAAUAAACCAGCAGCAUGAGUCUGUUAACGAAGCCCAAGUCAGAGAUGACCCCCGAGGAGCUCCAGAAACGGGAGGAGGAGGAGUUCAACACGGGUCCUCUGUCGGUUCUCACCCAGUCUGUGAAGAACAACACUCAGGUCCUCAUCAACUGUCGCAACAACAAGAAGCUGCUGGGACGCGUCAAGGCCUUCGACAGGCACUGCAACAUGGUCCUGGAGAACGUGAAGGAGAUGUGGACGGAGGUUCCUAAGAGCGGGAAAGGGAAGAAGAAGUCCAAACCGGUGAACAAGGACCGCUACAUCUCUAAAAUGUUCCUGAGAGGAGAUUCUGUCAUCAUCGUGCUGAGGAAUCCUCUCAUCACUGGGAAAUGAACUCUCUAAAGCUGGAUCACUCACACAAACGUUUCUUUUCUUCUUUUCUUUAUCUCUCUUUGGUUCAAUGGUCUGAGGGCAAUAACUGCCAUUUAUAGAAACAUUUUAGUUUUGUUUUUUGUUGUUGGAUCACUGUGGCUGAAUCCAACAGAAGUCCUCUGUAUUUUUCAUUUUAAUAAUAAAACUGAUGAAUAGUU